AUGUCACGUCUUGAUAAUAAAAUUGUUUUAAUUACGGGAGCAGCUUCUGGUAACGGUGAAGCUACAACAAGAGAAUACUUGAAAAAAACUGAAGGAAAGAUCAAAUUCAUUUUGAUUGAUAUAAAUGAAACAAGAUUAAAUGAAUUGAAAAAAGAAUAUUUAUCCAAAUAUUCAUCAUUAAAUGAUGAUGAUGUCUAUGUUAGUUUUGGUGAUUUAUCAAAAUCUGAGAAAAUUCAUGAAUUUUUCAAUAAGAUUCCAAAAGAUUUGAUUGAUAACUUAGAUAUUUUGAUCAAUAAUGCUGGUUUAGCAAGAGGAUUGGAAAAAGUUGGUGAAAUUAAUCAAAAAGAUAUUGAUCUAAUGUAUAGUACAAAUAUUGUUGGUUUGAUUACCUUGACUCAAUUAGUUGUUCCAAUUUUCAAGAAAAAUAAUAAAGGUGAUAUUAUUCAAUUAGGCUCUUUAGCUGCUGAAGAUCCUUAUCCAGGUGGUUCUGCAUAUUGUUCUACAAAAGCUGCUGUUGCUGCUUUUACAGCUAGUUUAAGAAAAGAAUUGAUUAGCUACAAGAUUAGAGUUGUCUUGAUUGAACCAGGUAUUAUUAAAACAAAUUUCUCAAAAACAAGAUUUGAUGGUGAUGAAUCAAAGGUUAAUAAUGUUUAUAAAGAUUAUGAACCUCUAUGUGCUGAAGAUAUUGCGGAUUUAAUUAUUUAUAUCACGUCAAGAAGAGAAAACUGUGCAAUUAGUGAAGUUAUUAUCUUACCAACCCAUCAAGCUACAAUGAGCGAUAAGGCUUACAGAUGA